CGAGCGCGUUUCCGUCAAAUCUGUCUUUCUUUCUCAAUGUCCCACAGAGUAGGCUGAGCCACGUGCAUGCAUCAGUGAUCUCCUUACUUCAUUUUACACGUCCAGUUUUUGUGUUUCCUCGAAACACGCAACAGAAUCAUGGUGAAGUUAGCAAAGACACCAAAUAAACAAGCAACUCCGAAGAAGAAGGCCCCUCCACCCCCCAAACAAGUGGAGGACGAAUCAAGCGAAGAGGACAGUAGUGAUGAAGAGGAGGAAGAAGAGACUCCACCGCCAAAAGUGGUUAAGAAAGCCACACCAGCUAAAGCUGCCCCUGCUAUAAAAAAUGGUAAAGCAGCCAAAAAGGCCGAGAGUGAAGAUGAUGAUGAUGACGACGAUGAUGAGGAUGAUGAUUCUGAGGAGGAGUCUGAGGAGGAAGCCCCCCCACCAAAGAAGACCCCUGCAAAAGCUACACCAGCUAAAGCCGCACCCGCCAAGGCUGCACCUGCAAAGGCUGAGUCUGAUGAUGAUGACGACGAUGACGAUGAUGAUGAUGAUGAUGAUGAUGAAUCUGAAGAAGAGGCCCCACCACCCAAGAAAGUUGCUAAGCCUGCUGCCAAACCUGCCGCCAAGCCUGCCGCCAAGCCCCCAGUGAAGGCCCAACCUGCUAAAGAAGAGUCGUCUGAUGAAGAUGAUGAUGAUGAAGACGAAGAUGACUCUGAGGAGGAGGAGAUGGACACCACUCCUGCUCCAGCAGCUGCUAAUGCAAAGAAAGCAGGCAUGGUCAAAGCCAAGGAAGAGUCAGAGGAGGAGGAUGAUGAUGAAGAGGAUGAUGAGGAUGAGGAUGAUGACGAGGAAGAAGAGGAGGAGGAAGCACCAGUGACCCCCAUGAAAAGGAAGGCGGAGAGUAAAAAGGACACGCCUCCUGCCAAGAAGGCAAAGGCAGAAGGCGAAGGGUUCUGUCUCUUUGUUGGAAACUUGAAUUCCAACAAGGAAUUUGAUGAAAUCAAAGACGGCCUGAGGAAGUUCUUCUCCAAGAAGAGCCUCGAGGUGACAGACGUCAGGCUUGGCGGAUCCAAGAAAUUCGGCUAUGUGGACUUUGCAUCAGAGGAGGACAUGCAGAAGGCUUUGGAGCUCAACGGCAAGAAGUUCAUGGGCCAGGAGGUGAAGUUGGACAAGGCUCGAAGCAAAGAUGCCUCACAGGAAGGCAAGAAAGAGCGGGAUGCAAGGACACUGUUUGUGAAGAAUCUCCCCUUUUCUGCCACCGCUGAUGACCUCAAGGAAGUGUUUGAAGACGCAGUCGAUGUUAGGGUGCCUCCCGGCCAGAACGGCACAAACAGAGGCAUUGCCUACAUCGAGUUCAAAACUGAGGCUGAAGCUGAGAAGAUGCUUGAGCAGGCCCAGGGAACUGACGUACAAGGGAGAUCAAUCAUCAUCGACUUUGUCGGAGAAAAGAGCCAGAAAGGGGGCAAAAUGUCAGCAGCAGCAGCAGGAGCAGCCAGUAAAACUUUGGUUGUGAACAACCUCGCCUUCAGUGCAACAGAGGAAGCUCUGCAGGCCACGUUUGAGAAAGCUGUUUCUAUCCGGAUCCCACAGAACAACGGCAGACCCAAAGGUUUUGCUUUUGUAGAGUUCGAGAGCACAGAUGAUGCCAAGGAUGCCCUGGAAAACCUCAACAACACAGAAAUUGAAGGACGGUCAGUCAGACUGGAAUUCAGCCAGAGCGGCGGUGGCAGAGGAGACAGAGGCAGAGGAAACUCAGGUCCUACAAAAACCCUCUUUGUCAAAGGUCUCUCUGAAGACACAACAGACCAGAGCCUGAAAGAGGCAUUUGAGGGAGCUGUGGCGGCCAGGAUAGUCACAGACAGAGACAACGGUACAUCUAAAGGCUUUGGCUUUGUGGACUUUGACAAUGAGCAGGACUGCAAGGCAGCUAAAGAAGCAAUGGAGGAUGGAGAGAUUGAUGGCAACAGGGUGACUCUGGACUACGCCAAGCCCAAGGGUGAAGGUGGCGGCUUCCGCGGGGGUCGUGGAGGUGGAGGUCGUGGAGGCGGCUGGGGAGGUCGCGGCGGUUUUGGCGGUUUUGGUGGUUUUGGCGGACGUGGCGGCGGAGGCAGAGGUGGAGGAAGAGGAGGGCACCGUGGAGGUGGACGGGGCGGAUUUGGAGGUGGAAGAGGUGGCGGUGGAUUUGGAGCCAAACCCCAGGGCAAGAAAAUCAAGUUUGAUGACUAAACCCUUCGUCUUUUACUCUUGAAUGGACUCUGGUUUCAUCACUUUUCAGAGCCUUUGGACAUUCCAGAAAGCGUCACUGAUAUAUAUAUAUGAAUGAGAUGGGCAUUUUAGCCCCUCUGUAGACCCCUAAAACCUCGCCCCUCGCCCUUCUUCACCAAUGGUCCUCUUCACCCUUUCAGUGCAAGGGCUGCUUGUGAGUUCUGAAUGUCUUGACUGCAAACAUGCACCCUCCAUCAAUACAAGUUGAGUUUUUUUUUUGUUUGUUUUGUUUUUUCCUGAAGGAGUAAAAUGGAGUAUGAUGGGUAAAGUUUGCUGUGAAAACUAUGCCCAUUGUUUCAGAUACAUGUAUAUUAAAACAAUUUGUAUGAUUUCAUUUUACCUUUUUGUAAAAAAGUUUGUUUUUAGUUUGUCAUUUAGUUUGCUUUAGAUGCAAAAGUUUUACUGUAAAGUGCAAGGCGUAUUGAUGGAUAGAGGAUUGAGUUGGGGUAAAAGUUAGCUGUCCUGUUGUGUUUAAGUGGGGCCCAGUCAAUGUCUGAAGUCAGAGGAAUAAAGGCCUCAAAUAUGGAGAUAUGUAACAUAAAAUAUUUGUAGUGCAUUGACCAAUUUUCCCAUCUGAGAAUCUAAAGGUUUUCAUGUGAUUGAAUAAAACCUUGUAGGUGGUGAUUUUUA